GAUUCUACGAGACGCAGAGCUGCCGGGCGCCGGUUUGACGGAACAAAGUUGAAUGAUCAUUCAAUCCUUCAUCAACGAAACAAACUCAAGCAAGAGAGGAAGAGCCAAGCACGUAUUCUCACAAAACCAACAAUCGUCGAAGAGAAAACAGAAAGCCUCUUUUUCAACAAGUACAAGUAAUCAAUCUCAUUAUCACCGCCACCAUGUCGCCCGCUGCAGGAAAGCACCACCGCGUGAGCUCGUCUUUGGAAGACUUGACCAUUUUGGAGUUGGACUUUCCCGUUGGUCCCCAUACGCAGGCCGUCGUGAAGGAAGUUGACCCCGUCGAAGCGCCCCAGCUUCCCAACUCCACUCUUGUCAUUGUUGCCGAGACGGAUAAGAUUCACGAAGACAAGAACAACGACAGCGCCACCUUGGUUGCCGCUCUCGCUGACUUUGACUUUACUACAUCCACCAAACUAAAAGUGACAGAUUGGGACCCAACCUCCAUGAAAGGUUACUCUGAGUACAUCAAGGACGGGAUGGAGUUUCUCAAGAAGGAUCCUUCCAAAGUGGUCAUGCUCUUUGAAAGUCCCUCUUCUUCGACUACCGAGUCUUCGUUCCACAACAACAAGCAAUUCAAAUUCCAUGACUGGCCGCCACCAAAGUCUACCAUGUCCAAGGCUAUUUUGGGCCCUUGCAAAUACAGCAUGUGGAAUGGGUCUGCAUUGCCCGUGUUCCUGCGUGGAGGCAAGACCCCUACUGGUCUUGAGGACCACUGGAAGAAGGUUAUGCCCGAAAACCUUGUGAUGCCGCGUUUUGUGGACAAGGUCAGCGAAGAUGAUGUUGCCUAUGCUUACUUGCCUGUCGAGCAGAUCAAGAACCAUGUCAAUGACCCUGACACACACUACCACUUGGCCGGUAAGGAUGCCAUUCAUCUCAUGACUCAGAAGACAACCAAGCUUCUUCCCGACACACGCACUUCGAGACCUUGCGUUGUCAAGACCACCCACUCCAUGGGAUCCAAGGGAAUCUUUAUCAUCCGCAAUGAUGAAGAUGAGGCCGAGUUCGAGCAGUUCCUCCAAGAGUCUGGAAAUCCUACCUUUGUCAUUACUGACUUUGUGGACAUCAAGCGCAACAUUGCGUGCCAUUUCUUCAUGCAUCCAGACGGCAAGAACGUUACCUGGUUUGGAUCAAACGAGAACAAGCGAUUGCCCGAUGGUUCAUUCUCCACCGACUCCUACUUGGAGAUGAAGGAUCAAAAGUCCAUGAAGGAAAUGCAGCUACCCUUUGUCGAAGAGGUUGUCCAGUAUUGUGAGAAUCUAGGAUUCUGGGGCUUUUGCGGUAUUGAUGUCCUCUUUGACUCUCAAGAAAAUGGAUACAUGGUGGAUAUCAACCCUCGUGUCACUGGCAGCUGCCCGGCACUCAUGACUUUGCAACUGUUCAACAAGAAGUAUGGCUUUGAAGUUGGCCUAUUCCGUCGUGGCGGAGACAUCAACUACUACGGAACGAUGGAGUCGAUGAUGGAAGAAGUCGACGCGUACAACACUGCCAACGAAGGCAAGUCAAGGAUUCUAAUUCACAGUGCGUUUCAGCCCGGAGAGAAUCACACCCGCAUGAACAUUGGCGUUUAUGGGUUUGACAUGGACGAGUGCAAGGCCGUGCUCAACCGCUUUGCCCAGCCCAAGAGUGUCGAAGUUCAGGAAGACCCCUAAAAAAUGGAUGAGCAGCGAGUUUGACAGCUACAUAGCCCGCAACCAAAGCAACUGUUUGUGUGUUUGAGCAAUUUGAAUAGUAUUCAUUGGAGAUGCAUUCUAUUUCGUAGAUAAAUACGUAAGAGAUUUCAUUUUAACACUAGCAGCAGUACGUUACCGGUAUGAACAGUUGAAAAGCCAAAGCGGAAGACUUCUUGGAGCCU